AGGAUCGAGGGGCGGGCGGGACGCUUGGCUCUACUGCUUAUCCUCACAUGAACCUCCGAAGCGAAACUUUACUACAACUUCUCAGAAGCAAACUUGCGUCAGGUAAACAGUCCGGUGAGAGGUGAUGAGUGAUGCAAAAGGUGGGACUUGUUGCAUAUUUAUGUCAGUGCUGAUGUUAACGUUAACUAGAGCUAGCUUAACCGUCGACUUGGGCUAUGGUGCGCAGAGGGGCUUAUCCGCGGUAAAGCAGUCACGGAGGCUCACUUGGAGCUAGCAGAGAGAGCGCCUCGCCGUGUCGCUUAUCGGCUCCACUGCCAGGGGACUGUCUAAGGUCCGAAGGCCAAGGGAAAGUGUUACACCCACCCCUAACUCCAGUUAAAGAUUGGUUGUUAUCGGGUCAGAGGCACUCAGGCUGUAAACAACCCCAGUCCUGGCUGACCAUGGUGGAGCUGAGGACGCUUUAAUUGUUGCCGGAGAGAUAAUUUCACCAUGGGAAGUCAUAGGAACGGAUUAAGUAAAGAGCGCUUCAUUUUGUCGGUGGACGUCGGGACGACCUCAAUCAGAUGUCACGUCUACGACAAGGAGGCGAAGAUAAAAGGAUCAUGCGCCACAAAGGUUGUUUCCCUGUACCCAGAGCCAGGCCUGGUGGAGAUGGACCCUGAGGCGCUGUGGCAAGGCUUCGUCAUUGUGGUCAAGGGGGCUGUGCAAGAUGCAGGAAUACAUAUGCGUCAGGUUGAGGCGCUUGGCAUCUCCACUCAGCGGAGCACCUUCACCACAUGGGACAGAAAAACUGGGGUACCUUUCCAUAACUUCAUCAGCUGGCAGGACCUGAGGGCUGCAGAGCUGGUGAAGUCCUGGAACAGAUCCUGCACCAUGAAAGUAAUCCAGGGUACGAUGAAGGUGUUACACUUGCUGUCCAGACAGAAACGAUUCCUGGCGGCAAGCCUUUUGGUCUUCUCAACCCAGCAUGUCACCUUUCGCCUCCUCUGGGCCAUCACACACUACAAACAGUUGAGUGAGGCCGUGGCUGAAGGCAACUGCUGCUUUGGAACAGUAGACACCUGGCUUCUGUACAAGCUCACAAAGGGAUUGGUUCACGCCACAGACUACUCUAAUGCCAGCACCACAGGGAUAUUUGACUCCUAUCAGAUGUGUUGGAGUGGAUUUCUCUGCUCUCUUGUUUCGCUGCCUCUCUCCAUUUUCCCCAAAGUCCUGAACACAGGUCAUCACUUUGGAUCAACAGACCCUUCUAUCUUUGGAGUGUCCAUUCCUAUCAUGUCUGUGAUGGCUGAUCAGCAGGCUGCCAUGUUUGGACAGUGCUGCUUUGACACCGGCGACGUCAAGAUCACCAUGGGAACGGGCACAUUCAUGGACAUAAACACUGGGAGCAAGCCACAUACAUCUGUAGCAGGUCUGUACCCACUGGUGGGGUGGAAGAUUGGCUCAGAGGUUGUAUAUCUGGCCGAGGGCAACGCAGCAGACACUGGUACUGCCAUCAACUGGGCACAGGAGCUGGAGCUGUUCUCUGAUGUUCAACAGACUAGUGCCAUGGCUUACAGUGUGCCUGACUCAGAUGGAGUGUGUUUUGUGCCGUCCUUCAGUGGCUUGCAGGCUCCUCUGAACGAUCCCAAAGCUUGUGCCUCCUUCAUGGGCCUCAGACCGUCCAACACCAAGUGCCAUCUGGUCCGUGCCAUUCUGGAGUCUGUCGCGUUUAGAAACAAGCAGCUAUAUGAGACCAUGUUGAGAGAAACAAAUAUUCCCAUCAACAAGAUCAGGGUGGACGGCGGCGUUUGUACCAACGACUUUGUCAUGCAGCUGACAGCAGAUCUGUUUGGGAGGAAAAUAUCCAGACCACAAUACUGUGAAAUGUCAUGUCUAGGGGCUGCUUUUGUCGCCGGACUUGGUGCUGGCUUCUGGAGGAGCCAGGAAGACCUGAAGAAGUUGCAGACUACCGACAAGGUGUUCAUGCCCCGAGGAGCAGCCCAGCCUGGCAGAGCUGCAGGACACCUAAACGGGGAAUACAUCCCUGUCCUCCAGAGCUGGGAGAGAGCGAUCAGGCGCUCCAUGAACUGGUACAGCAAGCCUUGACACUGGACGUACACAACGAAAGACAAUAGAUUUAUUAAAUGGUUCUUCUUACACACAGUGAUGGAUUUCAGGGUGGAAUAAUGUGGGUAGCCAUCCACAUAAACCCUUACUUUGAGUCAGAUUUGAAUCCUGGAGUAGUUUCUGAAAAUUGUGCUGCAAAGCACUUGGUGAUUAACUCCGUCUGUAAAAUGGUUUUGCAGUUUAUAUGAUAGAUGAAUAAGUAGAUGGACAUGAGGUGGAGACGUACAUAAAUGAACGGACAGAGAUAUGGCCACAUACAGUGAAGAGCUGCCGCUAAUAGAGUCCACUGUGUGAUCCUGUAACAACAGUUACUUCCUCUGUCCAGGGGAGAUCACUGCUUUUUUUGCUCAUCGUGCCAAACAAAACACAACAGAAGGUCACCAGCAGUGACGUCAAGAGUGUGAAUGGCACUAGAGCACAACAUCAAAGCCACAUCACUGGAGGCUUGAAGAGCUUUGAACCGUUGACCACAUACAAAACUCAUUCCCAAACUUGAUUUCUUGACACCCGACCAGCCUUAUCCAAAGUGUCUUUCACUCAUUCCAGAUCUCAGGUUACUGGUGCCUCCUAAGAUUUAUUUCAUCCAUCUUGAUUAAUGUGUAGAUGUUGCCCACAUGAGGGCGCUCCUGACUGGCUUCACAGCCUUUUAGCUCCUCAGCCUGACAUAUACAACUCCAUGCCACAUGGUUUUAACAAGAAGUCAGGUUUUAAGAUAAUCUAUCUCAAAUUGAAAUGAUUCUCUCUGACUAAUUCUAUUUCUCCUUUCAUUUAAACUUGACUAAAUGGCAGUGGGUUAUAUGGAUUCGAUUUUUGCUAUUCAUGAUGCCCCGUGUGGCAUCAUGAAUGGCUGUGAUGGUUUUACUCAGAAGUUUCAUCCAAAAAGCAAAGAGAGCCGAGAGGCCACAUCCAAACAGGGAUCAGAAUCUCUGGUUCUCCUUGAACUGGGUCAGAUACUCAGAAAAUACAGCAACUUGAUGUCAUUCUGCUUUGUGUUGCCAAUAUCCCCCUUUUUAUUACAAUUCCAUGUUUCAUUUUAUGCAAGGUAUUUAGUGUUUUAUUUUCCAGAACAUUUCCGUCACCUUGAGGGAACCCAAGCUACACAUGUUGACUUUAGGAAAUCUGAUUCAGCCUUGUUUUUGUGAUUGUUAAUUAUGAAUCUGCUUGGAGAGUGCGUCCUUUAACCUGCACUGAGACUAAUGUAAAUACCGAGUUGAUACAAGUUGACAGGGUUGUUUAAAUGUUGAAACUGGAACAAAGAUGAUUGUACGGUGUUUGCUGUUCAAAGGGGAUCCAGCUGAUUAUCAGUGUUCUGAUAUCCUUCCCCUUUCACUCAGUUUAGUUUGUGGUAGUGACCAUUUCACCGCUGUCCCUCUUUGCCAGAAAUGCCCCCAGGUCUUGGAUGUUACACUGACAGGUAUCUCUACUGACAAUGAAUUGUAGAAGAUCGGAAAGUUAACUAUGAGAGCAACAUUUUAUUUUAAUGGGAUAUGGGUACAUUUUUCUGUGCAGCACAUUAUUGCAGUAUUACUGUAACAGAACCCUCACUUGGGUGUCAUCUCACAACAGAAAUUGUUAUUUCUCUAUGGAACAGGUCUAGGCUAUCAUUUGUCAAAUUUCACAUCAGCAUCUUGGUUCUUUGUGUUUUGCAUUGGGAGAUUGGCAAAUUGAUGUGGUGUACAAAAAAUUGAUUGUAUUGGUCGCAAAACAGAGGUAGUUUAUAUAAAUAUUGAGUAGUAUUCCUCUUAAUCCAUCGCAUAAAUUGUUGAGCAACUCAUAUGUAGUACCACCGUAAAUUUUAAUGAAUUAUUUCUUGUCUAAUUGUCUUAGCCUUUUAAGGAGUUUACACUGCUGAGUUUUGAUCCACAGCGACCUCCAUGUUGAUACCAUGUGAUACUGUCCUGGACCAAGGGUGUUCCCCAUCCUUUACUCAGCCUGAGAAAUUCACAGCUGAGGUCACAAGUAAGCCCAUAGUGAAAUGAUGGUCAUGUCCUCAAAAUAAUAUGUGUAUUUACAUGUGUGACAUUAUCACAACCUACUAAAGAAAUUUAAACUGUGAAUUUCACUCUAGUUCUACAUGUAUUUGUUCAGUAUUGUCAACCAUUUUGCCUUUCUCCAUACUGUGCUGAUAUGCAAUAAAUUUAUAUUUUCAGAUGCUAAAUGUUCUGCCAACACUAUACUUGCUGAGAUUGUACCUCAGACUGAAAACUGCAUUUCAGGUGGUUAAAUCUGAAAUUUAUAACAAUUGCGCUUCAUUCCAUUUUUUUGAAUGGCAAAUGUUGACAUCCCGAGCUUUUUGGGGAAUUACAAAUGACAAAGAUGCACUGUGAUUAAACAUUUGAAUGGUAAUUACUGUUGCCAGAUCGUAUACAAGUACGAAUGUUGUGAAAAGGGUUGGAAUUAAAAAAAAAAAAUGAAAUUUGCAAUGGUU